AUGGAUAGUGAAGCUUCUACUGCUAUUAACGAUUGCGCUGUUCAUGUUGUCAGCAGCUCCAGCAAAAGAAAACAUGAUAAAGCUCCUAGAAAAAUCCACGAGGCUGAGAGGGAGCCAAGCAAUAAAUUUCCUAGAAAAAUCCACAAGGCGGAGAGGGAGAAACAGAAGCGUGAUAGUAUGAAUGUGCUAUUCGCAGAGCUAGCCAAAGUUUUGGAUCCAUCUCAUCAGAAUUAUGGAAAGGCUUGCAUAUUAAAAGAAACGAUGCCGUUAGUGAGGGAACUAAUUGUGCAGGUUGAUAAUCUCAGAAAGGAGAACGCUGCUCUUAAUUCAGAAUCUCAUUACAUGUCUGUUGAGAAGGAUGAGAUAAGAAGAAAAGAUUGCGCUGGAAACCCAGAUUGA